AUAAAACAAUAGGGUCGGCCCACCCACAUUACCGCCACCGCCACAUUUGUUUUCCCUUUGUUGCCGAAAAACACUCUUCUGGUAACCAACAAAUAUGGUGGUCGCCCGAUCUAUUUGGGGCGCUAAAUCGAAGCUCGCAUUUGGUGCCCUAGCUUUGGGUGCCGGUGCUGGUGCCGCCACCGUUGCUAAAUCCGACGAUCCUGCCACUGCUCUCAAGCUCUGCACCACUGUUCCCGUUCGCCUCUUCCGUCUAUCUGUCACCGCUGCCACCAUUGCAUUCGAUUACGAGUAUUCACUAUGGGGACUGCCAGAAGAUGGCAUUGAGAGGACAAGAGUAAAACAUGAGGUCCACACGAGGAGUGCACGUAGGCUUGAAGAACUGUGCUUUAAAAAUGGUGGAAUAUAUAUUAAGCUUGGUCAACAUAUAGGUCAAUUGGAAUAUUUGGUACCUCAAGAAUACAUCAAUACAUUGAGAGAGUCGAUGUUGAAUAGAUGCCCAACGUCUUCCUAUGAUCAAGUGUGCCAGGUUGUCAAGAAAGAGCUUGGUGGCCCACCUGAAGAAAUAUUUGAGGAGUUUGAUCCUGUACCUAUUGCAAGUGCUUCUCUUGCUCAGGUUCAUGUUGCUCGAACUCAUCAGGGACAAAAAGUUGCUGUGAAGGUGCAACAUAUGCACAUGACAGAUACUGCAGCUGCAGAUUAUGCGACAGUGGAAUUGAUUGUCAACACUUUGCAUCGGCUCUUUCCUUCAUUUGAUUAUAGGUGGUUGGUAGAUGAAGUACACGACAGUCUACCUAAGGAACUAGAUUUCUUAAAUGAGGCGAACAACAGCAUAAAAUGUAUGGAUAACUUUCGAAGGUUAUCUCCUCAUAUUGCAGAAUAUGUUUAUGCACCUGCUGUGUACUGGAACCUUAGUACCUCAAAAUUGUUGACUAUGGGGUUUGUGGAAGGCCCACAAGUCAAUGAUUUAAAGAGCAUUCAGAAACUCGGAAUCAACCCACAUGACAUUGCAAGGCUAGUGAGUAGAACAUUUGCUGAGAUGAUGUUUAAACAUGGAUUUGUGCAUUGUGACCCACAUGCUGCCAACUUGCUAGUUCGUGCAAUGCCUUCUAGCAAGCGUGGCAUUUUUGGAAGAAGAAAACCACAGUUGGUACUGCUGGACCAUGGUCUGUACAAGCAACUUGACAUUUCCAUGAGGACCAACUAUGCUGCACUCUGGAAGGCUUUAGUAUUGGCUGAUGCCAAAGGAAUUAAGGAAAAUUGCAUGAAAUUUGGUGCAGGAGAGGAUCUGUAUGCAUUAUUUGCAGGGAUUCUUACAAUGAGACCUUGGAAUAGGGUUAUUGAUCCUGCCGUUGACCAUCUUGCCAUACAAGGCAACGCUAGUGAUCACUCUGAACUUCAGAUGUAUGCUUCUCAAUACUUCCCUCAAAUCACAGAGCUUCUGCAUAAACUGCCUCGUGUCAUCCUUUUGAUGUUAAAGACCAAUGAUUGCUUGCGUGCUGUAAAUAACGCUUUGAUACAAAGAUCAUCUGUGGAAUCAUUCAUAAUCAUAGGAAGAGUUUCUUCGGAGGCGUUGAUUGAGGAGAAGUUAUCACAUGCCACUUCCCUCUUUACUUACCUAUUUGUCUGCUUUGAGCAGAUUUCUUUGGAAGCGCGGUUUCUCAUAAUGCAGGUUGCAUUGUGGAUACUGCAGUUCCGGACAGCUUUACGUUUGUACUGAAAAAAACAUAGCAUACCCAAACAAAUCAUUUGGUGUUCAAUUCUUUCGCACUAUAUAGAUCCAUUUUACCGUUGUAUUCUUUGGGUUUGAACCCCUUGUUUCUAAAUAGUAACCAUACCCAUAUAUACUAGUUCAGCAAAUCAAUAAGUUGACCAACUUUAUGUACAUGGAUACCAAUCUAUAUAUUUUUCGUUUAUUUGGACAGAGUA